AUGAACAUCUACACACCUGCGAGAGUACCGCAACUACAGCAGGUGUUCAAUCCGACCGAUUUGAUGCCACAACAACAACAACAACAACAACAACAACAACAGCAGCAGCAACAGCAGGCCCCGCCGGAGCCCGCGCCGACGCCCAAGGGUCCGAUGGCGAUCGAGCACGAGAUGCUGCAGGAGGUGUUUGAUUCGCUGGCGCAGCGGUGCGAGGGCGCCACGCGCAACGCGCAGAUGCAUCGCAAGCUGGACGACGUUCACCGCAAGCUGGAGCAUCUAUACGACGCGCUGCGCGACGGAACGAUGAUCUCCCAAACUCGUCGCGGUCUCCAUCAGACUAGCGCAGGCGGUGCGGCCUACGACUACCAGGCUGCCAAUUCGGUCGCACCUCCGAUUUCCAGCUCGACCCAGGCUCUCGCACUUUCGACCUAA